ACCAAUUCCUCAAUGUCCUGGCUUCACUAAAGAUGGAAACCAAGGAAACCUGUUGGGAGCGGAUAUCACACUGAUGAGCCAGGCCCAGGAGUCACUGACAUUUGAGGAUGUAGCUGUGAACUUCACUGAUUGGGAGUGGCAGUGUCUGACCUACACCCAAAGGCAUCUCUACAAGGAUGUGAUGUUGGAAAAUUAUGAGAACUUGGUAUCACUUGGAUUUCCAUUUUCUAAACCUCCUUUAAUCUCUCAUCUGGAGCAACGAGUAGAGCCCUGUAUUCAAGAUCUCCAGGACAGGGAGUCCCUUAGCUGCUCCUACCCAGUGUCAACUGACAAAGCAUGGACUGAGAAUGAGAAAGCAAGUUCAGAAAAAGAGGUUUUUGAAAAUGGAGAUGUCUACUGGGUGAAAUGUAACAGUCUCCUAAAAGUUGGUUCCCAGGAUGCUGUGGUUAGAGAAACUUGUGUACAGGAUGUCAAAUUAGGGAAUCAGUGUGAAACAUUCAUAAGGGAGAAAUUGAAAGAAGAGAAAGAAGGCUCUGAGAAAGCGAUCUUUAGAAAAGGAAAGAACCAGAAGGUGCUUAGAAAAAACUUCAAUCCAAACUCAAAACAUAUUCCAUAUAAUAGAGUUCUUACAGCACAGAAACUCCAUGAAUGUGCCAGAUGUGGCAAAAACUUCAGUUGGCAUUCAGAUUUAAUUCUUCAUGAGCGAAUUCAUUCUGGUGAAAAACCCUAUGUGUGUAAUGAGUGUGCGAAGCCAUUUACGACCAGAAGUCAGCUUUCUAUGCACCAGAUAAUCCAUACUGGGGAGAAACCCUUUAACUGCACCCAGUGUGGGAAGACCUUCAACAGUAGAUCAGCUCUUUGCCGACAUAAAAAAAUCCACAGUGGAGAGAAGCCUUAUGAGUGCAGGGUCUGUGGGAAGGCCUUCAAGACCAGGAACCGUCUCUAUAUGCAUCAGCUCAUCCACACUGGGGAGAAGCCUUACAAAUGUAAUUGCUGUGGAAAAGCCUUCCAGUUUAAGCAUUCUCUUACCAUCCAUGGCAGAAUCCACACUGGGGAGAAACCAUAUGAAUGUGAGGAGUGCGGGAAGGCCUUCAGUGGAAGUUCAGACCUCACCAAGCACACAAGAAUACACACUGGGGAGCGACCUUAUGUUUGCAACGAGUGUGGGAGGGCCUUUAGUCGCAGCUCAGACCUAAGCAAACACAAACGAAUCCACACUCGAGAGAAACACUAUGGGUGCCCCCAGUGUGGAAAAGCCUUUGAUAUCAAGGCAGAGCUCACCAAACACAGAAGGAUCCACACUGAAGAGAAACCUUACAAGUGUGAAGAAUGUGGGAAAGCCUUUCGUCAUAACUGUAAGCGCAAGGCUCAUGAACGAGAACACACCGGUGAGAAGCCCUAUCCAUGUGGGGAUUGUGGGAAAACUUUCCAGGAUCGGCACUGCCUUACCAUCCAUCAGAGAACCCACACUGGAGAGAAACCUUAUAAAUGCUCGGAGUGUGACAGAGCUUUCAGUGGGAAGUCAAACUUGGUCAAUCAUCAAAGAAUCCAUACUGGAGAGAAACCUUACAAAUGUGAGGUGUGUGGAAAGGCCUUUCAUCAUAGUUCAGUCCUGAGGCAGCACAAAAGAAUUCACACUGGUGAGAAGCCAUAUACCUGUAAUGAGUGUGGCACAUCUUUCCGUCAGGGCUCAGCUCUAAUUGGACAUAAGCGAGUUCAUACUGGGGAGAAACCUUAUGAAUGUGAGGAAUGUGGAAAAACUUUCAGAGUGAGCUCAAAUCUUACUGGACAUAAGAAAAGAAAACAUCGAGGAAAAUCCAUGAAUUUGAUGAGAGUAGGAAGUCCCUCUCUCCAGUAACUGUUUCUCAGACCUUCUCAGUCGUCAGCAUUUUGACCACCAAUGCCUGAGUAUAAUGCUUCUGGUGUUUGCACUUUUCCUUCCUCCUACCUCUUAGACUGAUCCUUCUCAUCUCUGAUUUUGGUUAUUCCUGAUUCCUUGACCUUUAUUUGUGAGAUUACCUAGAUGUCUUUUACCUUCCUAUCAGUAUUUAUUUUUUCAGUGAGCACAUUCACUUCCAAGACUGUCAGUCACUUCAUAAUAAUAAUAAAAAUACUUACUAGUGCUU